AGAUGAAGAACCUUUAUAGGGUGGAAAGAAGCUAAACAUUGCGUGGGAUAAUUGAUUUGGCCCAAUUCACCGUAAUUGCCGGUCACGUUCACUACUUCAAAAUUCGGCCGCUUAGAUCGCCAUAUAAAGGACCGCACUCCCACAAAAGAACCUGUUUUCUACUGUACAGUCUCUCAACAGGACACACACCUCACCAGAAAGCACCAUACCUACGUAUCUCCAAGUACCCACCAUGUCCUCGUAAGCCCCCUCUACAUUCUCACACUCCAAACUUAUCGAUCUAACCAUAAAGAUACAGCGUCACCGACCCCUCGAUCCCUUCAAGAGACGGCACUUGCCACUUUCUACGCCUCCCCCGAGAGCUCCGUGACAUGGUCUACGAAUACGCGAUCACUAGCGAAUCGGACUAUGUCACUGUAGUGGACGGCGAAAUCGGAUAUAUCAACCUAUACAGUCAAGUCCGAAGCUUCAACGAGCUGCAAUACGUCUCCAAGCAACUGCGUGCUGAGACAGUCGGCCUCACUCUAAAGCUCAACAAGUCCGUCCGCUUCUUCAGUGAGGACUUUACCAGCAAUUCGGACCAAACCCCAAAGAGUCUAAGCGAUUGCCUCACCUUCUUAGCGGAAUGCACACCAACUUCGAUCUCGAAGCUCGCAACACUCUUGAUCGAGUUCCCCGAACCCCCUCACGUUUGCUAUCCAGUCUGCGCUCUCUCUUGGAGCGAUAUCGGCCGCCCACUCUCCGAAUUUUGUGCCGCGAAUCCGCACGUCUUGGUCAAGCUCCGUCUUACCAAUUGGGCUCUUAAGCAUUGCGAAUAUGAGGAUUUCCGGAUCGCGGCCCGCUUCUCUGAGACAGGAUUUGUCGUGCGCCACUUUUGUGACCUGGGAAUGCUCGGAACUGCAUCCAACUUGCGGGUUGUGCCCUCCGGAAGUCUGCCCGAUGAAGCAGUCAUGUCUCGAUGCAUGCCUCCGGUGCAGGUCACCGAGGCGAAGGAGUGGUACGAUAAAGGGAUUUCUGGUGCAGAUCGACCAAGCUGGUAAGAGACCUAGAGAGUGCGUCUGGUCCGGGUAUCAUACCUUGGCUAGCCUUGGCUAGCUUGAGCGGGAGAUAGCGAACGCUGGGGGUUUCUGGAGGUGAUGAUACCGUAGAUGGAGCGGAAGUUGCUCUUCCU